UGUUAUUUGUCAGGAAUGCAGCUGGUAAAGGCAUUGUGCGUGGUCGCCCCGGGCGGAUCAACCGUCGACGAUGUUUUGUGCAACGCCCAAGACAGGCCCACUUCGACAUCACUUUCCUGCAAUACGCAGGCAUGUCCAGCAAAUUGGACACCUGUGGAUAUCAAACAAUGUACCCGGUCUUGCGGGACGCGACAACUAGUGUGCCCUGUGACUUGCGUUAGUCAAAGGUCAGGUAUUCCUGUCAGGGUUUCAAACGACCAGUGUCCUCAAGUGGGAGGGUCAGUCAAUAGUGGUGUGUCCACCUGUCCGUAUAGAUGGGUCACUGGGCACUGGUUUCAGUGUCCAGCAAGUUGUGGUCAGCUUUCAGUGCAGACAAGGCAAGUUAUGUGCGUGGACAUGACGACAAAUGAGAUUACACAAGACGUCUUCUGUCAAUCUUUACAGAGCCCAGCAAGCUUACGUCAGUGUACUGGAAGUUGCUACAAACAAACAAACAUUAUCGGUUGACCACAUUAUUGGUAAUUGUGUUGAGGAUG